AUGCAGGGUUCCAAUCGGCGUGGUGAUGUCAAUCCCGGAAAGGAGAAGGGCGUUGUCACAACGUCGGACAAUGAUCUGACCCACACUUUCACUGGUGUCGUCGCGCCAGGCGUGCCAGUCGCUCAGGAAACCAACCGCAGUGACGACCCGCAGAGGUUGAAGCAGAAGGGGGCAACCGCCAGAGACUGCGACGAAAAGACGGAUGGAUGCGUUGACGACACUUUCGACGGCUACAAUGGAACCACCACAAGUCAUGCGCUCGACUGGGUCCAACUUGCUGGUGAAUCCUUGCUAACCGUAGUGUAA